AUGCAAGUCAAAAAGAAUCAGAUGCACGCCGUGGGUUUCUGCUUGACUGCGCUCCUGUGGGUCGGCACCUCUGAUCGAACCGCACCACCGGGCGCGCACCAGCAAACGCUCAACGACUCCUCACUUGUUGCAGAAGGAAUAUUUUCAUCCAGGGACAAUGUUUCCAAUAUUUCGGCAGAGCUGGAUAAAUGGCCUUCCGCUUUUUUCCUCAUGGACUUUGACGAGGGUUUGCUGGAGGACUGGCGGACCUUGGCCAGAAGUGGCGUAGAGUCGCAGGAGUGCAGCUCCAAGGUGCUGCUGGUGGCCGCUUACUCCCUGAUCAUCGUGGUCUCCCUGUUCGGGAACACGAUGGUCUGCCAUGUGCUGGUGAAAAACAAGCGCAAUCAAUCCUCCACCAGUCUGUUUAUUAUGAACCUGGCUGUUGCUGACAUCUUCAUUAGUGUGCUCAACACACCCUUUACCCUGGUCCGUUUUGUGAACAGUACCUGGGUGUUUGGGAGGACCAUGUGUCACAUCAGCCGCUUUGUGCAGUACUGCUCCCUGCACGUCUCCACUCUAACGUUGACGGCCAUUGCUCUGGAUAGACGUCAGGUGAUUCUACAUCCUUUGAGACCUCGCAUGUCCACAGCUCAAGGUCGUGUUUGGAUUGUUGUUAUUUGGAUAAUGGCCACAUGCUUCUCCCUCCCACAUGCGAUCUACCAAAAACUCCUAACCUUCACCUACAGCAAAGAGAAAGAGCGCAGUCUCUGUGUCCCAGACUUCCCAGAGCCAUCUGACGUCUACUGGCAGUACAUUGACCUCCUAACCUUUGUAUUACUCUACAUGCUACCUCUGCUCAUCAUCACCACCUCCUACACCACAGUGUCGUGCCGUCUUUGGCGCCACAAUGCCAUCGGUGAUACAACAACAGCCCAGCACGCCACCCAGAGAAGAAAACGUCGGCGGACUUUUGCAAUGCUGCUGCUGGUGGUCGGGGUGUUUGCAGUCUGUUGGUUCCCCCUCAACUGCUACGUGGUGCUGCUCUCCAGCCAGGCAAUCGAAUCAUCCAACGCCCUCUACUUCUGCUUUCACUGGCUGGCCAUGAGCUCCACCUGCUACAAUCCCUUCAUCUACUGCUGCCUGAACCCAACAUUUCGCCAGGAGCUGCAGCUACUCUUUGACAUGUGCAGGAGGCAGAGGAGUGCGGUUGGGUUGGAACCAGAGCCCCGCCCCGCAGCGGUUUGCACUCCCCGUCACCGAACCGCCUGGCCUGAUGACCAGGAUUCAUCCAGGCAGAGGCGAGAUUUACCGCACCAGGACCAGGUCUUUUCACAACAGAGUAACGUUGGUCCUAGUCAGUCCCGCAACCUUAAAGAUACACAUGUUCUGUUCACAGCCAGGCAGGCACUCACAGGCAGAACAGACAUCCUGUCAGUGGAGCCAAUCGUGGCCGUGAGCUAACUACUAACACUCAAAUCUACCAUGCAGUGAUGGGGCAUAUAUCAGUAUUUGAUAUUGUACGACUCGUUCUAAUAUUUCAUCACUGUUCAAACAUAAAAGAGCAUAGUUGACAGUGUAGUGUGACUGGAUUAACAGUGAUGGGAGAAGCCAAUUGAAAAGGAACAGUACUGACAUCCUGUUACAGCAAAGCAGCCACUGUGGAUCUAUACUGUAUUUCCUCUCCACAGGAAGGAAGGAGGAAAGUCAUUGUGCCACAGCACACAACCAAAUGUGACCUCUGCUAUGAACCCAUCACCGAAUUAAACAGUGGACACCAACAGACUGCAAACAUCGCCGUGCUUUGUUGUGCAAUUCUUCGUCUUUGAACAACUGCUGUACAAAUCUGUCUGACUGAAGGGUUUCUUCUAUGAUUACGUUCCUGGAUCUUUAGACAGCAAUUUAAAAGGUCUCAGUCAGAGAUAGACACUGAGGUAACAUCACCACAGUGGGAGAAAAAUUACAUUUUACCCAAAUGUGUCAGCAAAGUUUAGUAAGUCUAGAUAAAAAGUAUUUUUUAUCAACCUCAUUUAUUAUAAACAUUUCGAUGAUUCUGGUUCCAUCACAGUUGUCUUUUGAAUGAAACAUAUCAGGCCCAAAACAAGGAGCACAGGUUUAACACGUCGUUGAGAAUUUGCACUUUCUCUUUGCAAGUGUGGGCUGAAACAGUGUUAGUUGUACCUGUGAUUGAAGAACAUGAGCCACAGCCAGAAAGAUGAGCCACUGGAUUUACGUUACAUCACUUUACAUUACAUCACAGUGUGUGUAAAAAAAAAAAAAAAAAAUUUAGAAUGCCGUGGGGUUUCAAUUUGCAGGUAGACACAACAAAUAAACUACCAAAUGCUGGGCAGUCCUGCCAAAAGUAGAACAACUUCGUAGUACCAAUGCGGAUUACUUUAAAAUUGUGUCUUUAAAAUGGUCAGACUGCAUGGUUGAAAUGUGAUGGAAAUAUUUUGCUUUUAUGAGAUGUAACCACAACGAGGUUAGACAUUGAUUUUAGUUUUUUUUACUCACUGUAUCUAAGUUACCAGAAAUAUUGACAGCAGCAACAGGUUUUCUUUAAAACCUGAUGCUGAAAAGUUGUUUAUUUCUAGAUUAUUUAUUUAACAUUCCAGUGAGAGCAUCUACAGUCUUGGAGUCUUGGAGAUUGAUUCAACAAAACAUGAGGUUCUUACAACUCUAUAUAAAUUCAGACCUAAAGAAAAAAAGGACGAACUGAACAUGUUCAGGUUUAAGAAAAAGAUUGGUGACUGGGCAUUUUGACCUUGAUAUGAAAUAUAGGUUUUUUAUAUUACAUCUUUUUAGCAUUUAAGACAGAAAUUAGAUGUGGAGAUGAUAGAUUGUGAAAUGAAAAUGAUGUGAGGUUUGUUGUUUUUUUUAAAGAAAUCUUGUAUGAGCAAAUUUUAGCACCGUGUCUAUUAUUCUAAGAAAGUAGCUGCACUCUCAGAUACUGUGUGUGAAGGACGGACAGAUUAAAAAGAAGGUAUUUUCAGAGCUUUUCUGCAGCCACUUUCUACCUUCACAGUGAUAAAGUAAAGAAUGGAACAAGACAGUUUAUUUACCUCCCAUUGAAAAUAUUAAAAAUAUUAAAAACUCCAGCUCCCACUCUCAGUAAGGCUCUAAUCCACUCUCAGAUGGAAGUUUCUUGUCCUUUUGGUUUAAUCGGUAUAAUCUUCACAUAUAGCAAAAUCAUGUGCUAAUUUCACAGACCUAAUGAAACAUAUAGUAUGCACAUACGUAAAAUUUCUGUUGGGAACAGGAAAAAAUCAAUUCUUGUUCAUUUAAACCUUAUGAAAAUUUGUAAAACAUUUAUAUUCAGAUAGCAGACCUUUGUUAAUGUAACUUAAAGGAUGAUCUCAAUAAAAACAUCACAAGAGCUGCAGGAAACUAAUCACUUCUACCAGCUUCACACAGAAACAUAAUUACGUCCUGAAAGAAGCUCCUACUGAGUGAAUGAAAAACACAUGGAUCAAUGAAGGACGGUGGUCAAUAGUUGAGGGUCUUAGAGGAUGGGUAAAAAUAUCUAUGGCCAUAAUGAGAUGUUAACAAAGUACUGCCGCUCUGAGACUUCUACAUUGAGGAGUUAUUACUGUGAAUAAUGCACCGUCUGUUGCCAGGAAACCUAAUCCUGCCCUGUUCUUCUAAGUGUGGCUGAACUUUGAUAAUACCUAAAAGUAUUCUAUUUAUGCACAUUAAAAUUAGCCACUAUAAGACAUGGGUCUUUUAAUGGCUAAUUUUAAUAUACUGUUUUUUUUUUGUUUUUUUUACAACCCAACAAAGAUAUAGCAGUUUCACUGGUCUACUUGCUGAUACCAAGUACUGUCAAUGGAACAUCAUAAGGUCCGGUUCUAAUAAAUUUAAAAUGAACUGAACACUAAUGCUUUAAUGGCACAGCUAUGUGGUCAGUAACACAAAAGCAUUAAAGUCAAACCACCGACCACACUUCAAGGCUAUAUCAGUUCAAAUGGACCCAAAGGACCCUUCAAACUGACACCGUUGUCAUAGAAACAUGACAGUAUGGGUAAAAUUAAUAAAACCCAUAUAACCAUAUAAAAUACAUAAAUAUAAUGAAACUAUAGGAAGAGAAAUAUAUGUGUAAAUACAGUAUAUGUGUUUUUGUAUCUGUUAAGAUUUUUAUGGUGACAGUACGGUGGUUUUUCUCGCAGCUUGUUUCAAAGACCCUGUCUGCGCCCUAUUGGUUACCAAUGGUUGGGGUUUCAGGAUUUCUUAAAUGAUGAGCUGAAUGACCCAAUAAGUAAGCGAUAACAGUGUUUGUCUCAGUCUGCUCGUUUAACUAAAUAUUUUUGUUCAGUAAAGAAAGGAAACAAAGCAUAAAAAUGUGCUUUAAAUGCUGUAUGUUGCCUGUGAAUUAAAAACAUACUGUAUCUUAUUUUAAUAAUGUUAAAGAAAAUAAAAAUUCUUGUAAUUAAAGAUAUGGUUGUUUUAAUUUAGGCUGGUAAAAUAAUAACCUGUACACAUUCAGGGUUGUCGUGCCAUGUCGUCAGUUGAGAUGGUUUAUCUGUGCUGUUCAAUGGUUUAUCGUUAUUUUUGUUUCUUCAACUUUGUGUCAUGUUCACUGUGUAAAGAGCAACUAUGUGUUUUUCUUCUGAUGUCUUUUGACAAUUAAAGCUGUUGAUCCAAAACUGUCUGCUGAUCAUCACUUCAAACACAGUCGACUAAUGUUCUCUACAGUAUAUGUAGUGUAUUUCUGUAGGGCUGGCUCAGGGAGUCAUCCUACAACUGUACUGUGCUUCCUAUACACAAAGAUGAGCCUUAUCCAAGGGUAAAAAAAAUAAUUUUAACCGAUUUUAAGAUUAGAAAUAUAACAAUGAUUUUUUUUAACAAGAUAAUACCUACCAUCACAAUUAAUAUGAAAACACUUUCUGACUCAAAGGCAAAGACUAAAUUAAAUUCUAUUUGAAUUUAGUCUAACCCAGUCAUGGGAAAACUAUGGUUUGAAUUGUGAUUUUACUUCUGCCUUUUCU